GCAGAGACAGAGGGCCUCCCUGGCUGCAGAAAUUCCAGACUGAACCUUUAUACUGAGUAAGGGAGGAGCUGUGUGUGGGCUGGAGCCGGCAGGAUGAGGAAGGGCGUGGAAGUUUUAUCAGCCUCUGGUGUGGCCUUGAGAUGGUAGUUAUAAUCUUGGCCCUGGUGUCCCAGGCCCACAGUCAUCCUGGGAGUCCCUGUUAGAGUGAAGCAGGUACAGUCACAGCUGUGGGGACAGCAUGCUGGCCAAAGGUCUUCCCCCACGCUCAGUCCUGGUCAAAGGCUGCCAAACCUUUCUGAGUGCCCUCAGGGAGGGGCUGGGGCGUCCCAGGGUGCCCACCGCCAAGGUAGCUGGACUCUCCACUCGCAGUCCUCGCCCCUUUAAUGAGAUCCCCUCUCCUGGUGACAAUGGCUGGCUAAACCUGUACCAUUUCUGGAAAGAGUUGGGCACACACAAAAUCCACCUUCACCAAGUCCAGAAUUUCCAGAAGUAUGGCCCCAUUUACAGGGAGAAGCUCGGCAAUGUGGAGUCGGUUUAUGUCAUCGACCCUGAAGAUGUGGCUCUUCUCUUUAAGUUCGAGGGCCCCAGCCCGGAACGAUUCCUCAUCCCGCCCUGGGUCGCCUAUCACGAGUAUUACCAGAGACCAGUAGGAGUCUUGUUGAAGAAGUCGGCAGCCUGGAAGAGAGACCGACUGGCCCUGAACCAGGAGGUGAUGGUUCCAGAGACCACCAAGAACUUUGUUCCCCUGUUGGAUGCAGUGUCUCGGGACUUUGUCAGUGUCCUGCACAGGCGCAUCAAGAAGGCGGGCUCUGGAAAUUUCUCAGGGGAUAUCAGUGAUGACCUGUUCCGAUUUGCCUUUGAGUCCAUCACUAAUGUCAUUUUUGGGGAGCGCCAGGGGAUGCUGGAGGAGGUAGUGGACCCCGAGGCCCAGCAGUUCAUCAAUGCCAUCUACCAGAUGUUCCACACCAGCGCCCCCAUGCUCAACCUCCCCCCAGACCUGUUCCGUCUGUUUAGGACCAAGAUCUGGAAGGACCAUGUGGCCGCGUGGGACACGAUUUUCAAUAAAGCUGAGGCAUACACCCAGAACUUCACCCGGGAAUUGAGACAGAAAGGAAAGGUUGACCACAAUUACCGUGGCAUCCUCUAUAGACUCCUGGGAGACAGCAGGCUGCCCUUCGAGGACAUCAAGGCCAACGUCACGGAGAUGCUGGCAGGAGGUGUGGACACGACAUCCAUGACCCUGCAGUGGCACUUGUACGAGAUGGCACGCAACCUGAAGGUGCAGGAUAUGCUGCGGGCAGAGGUUUUGGCCGCCCGGCGCCAGGCCCAGGGCGACACGGCCACAAUGCUGCAGCUGGUGCCACUCCUGAAAGCCAGCAUCAAGGAGACUCUGAGACUCCACCCCAUCUCCGUGACCCUGCAGAGAUAUCUUGUAAAUGAUCUGGUUCUUCGAGAUUACAUGAUUCCUGCCAAGACACUGGUGCAGGUGUCCCUCUAUGCUCUGGGCCGAGAGCCCACCUUCUUCUUCGACCCGGAAAAUUUUGACCCAACUCGAUGGCUGAGCAAAGAUAAGAACGUCACUCACUUCCGGAACUUGGGCUUUGGCUGGGGUGUGCGGCAGUGUCUGGGACGGCGGAUCGCCGAGCUGGAGAUGACCAUCUUCCUCAUCAAUAUGCUGGAGAACUUCAGAGUUGAAAUCCAACAUCUCAGUGAUGUAGGCACCACAUUCAACCUCAUCCUGAUGCCUGAAAAGCCCAUCUCCUUCACCUUCUGGCCCUUUAACCAGGAAGCAACCCAGGAGUGAUCAGCAAGGAUGGCCUGCAGCCGUGUGGGAGGAAACCCCAGGGGGUGGGGCCCACAGGGUCUCUGCAUCUUCAGUCCUCUGUCCUCAGCCCUGCUCCUUUCUGCCCAGCCUGCUGAGCAGGUAGGGUGGGAUCUCAGUGGUCACCUUCCUCAGCUCAGCUGGGCCGCUCCUCUUCACCCACCCCAUGGAGACAAUAAACAGUGAACCGUGUA